UGAAUUAAUGGCCGAAAAUAGUUUAGAGAGAAGUGUUUUGAAUGAAGAGAUGGUCGAUAAGAGUGGUCUCACUCUCAAUGGUGUGACAACUGAUGCCAAAUGUGAUGCAAACGAUGGCAACAACACUAUAGCCAUCGGGAGGAAGAUAUCCAUCAGAAGUAACAAAAAAAUUAAAGUCCGAAAUCGUUGGGCUAUCGAGCGAUCAAAUUACGUGAAUCUCAUGAAAUUGAUUGUGAAAGAGCUGAUUGAGAAGUCGGCCAAAACCAAUCGCAUCGUCGAGUCCAACAAUAUCUCAUUGAAACACUUGUUUGGCGGUCUAUUCGAGAGUCGAAAGGAUUUAUGGAAUGUAAUAGAAAUAGUCGAAAGACUUUCUUCCGAUGCCUCCGAUAUCACUGUCAGCGCUCGACAGAUACCUACCAUUAAGACACAUUUGGGAAGAGUGAGGGCAUGGAUGCGAUUGGCUUUAAUGAACAAACGACUCUCCGAUUAUUUUCGACUCCUAUUAGAAAACCGAGAAAUUAUUUUAAAAGACUAUUACGAAGAGAUGUCAAUAAUGAUGUCCGACGAGGCGGUCAUUAUUGGUGGACUACUCGUCGGCCUUAAUAUUCUUGAUUGCAAUCUAUUCGUCAAAGAGGAGAACUUGGAUUCCGACGACACUAUAACAUCCAAACGGAUCCAUUUGAACCCGAAUGGAGGAAUCAUAACGAGACCAACAAUGAAUGACAAUAUUUCUGUAGUAUUGGAUCAGAAAAAUUACAUCGAAGAGCUUAACAGGCAUUUGAGUUCCACAAUUUCAAACUUAGAGCACAAAAUAGAAACCCUUCAAACAGACAACACUCUUAUGUCCGAAGAACUUGAAGUUUAUAGGAAUGUCGACAAGAAUUUCGAAAUCAUUAAAACAAUCCCAGAAAUGGAUUCAAUUAAACAAUCAAAGGAAGAGUUCUCCCAAUUGGAAGAGCAGCUCAAACAAGAAGUGAAACGACGAGAGUUGGCGGAGAAAGAGCUGGAAAGUCAACUGUUCCUUAAGGGCGAGUGCGAGACAGCCAUGCAUUUGCUCGAAAGGGAUGUUCUCGAGAAACAGGACUCUGUUAUCACUUUGAGACGACAACUCGAAGACAUUAAGACUAUUAACCUUCAAAUGUAUUCUAAACUACAAGAAUGCGAGACUUCUAUUAAGAAUAAAGUCAAUCAUAUCUCGCAUUUGGAGCAAAACAUCUCAACGAUGGCUAACACUAUCUCACAGCUUGAGUCCAAAGUAACAAAUUAUGAGAAACUGCGCGCAAAUGACGAACAAAAUCAGAUGAAAUUAAGCGAACAGUUGACAGACAAUAAUAAGCUGAAGAUCUUAAACCAAGUGAAACUUCCGCUGACCGUCGAGUUUGAGGACAUUAAUAACGUGACGGACGCCUGGAAUGCAAUUCACUCCAUGAAAGUUCGCGGUGCGCCGGCCAUCGCUAUUCUGGCCGUACUUAGCAUUGCUGUCGAACUCAAUGACCAGCAGAUAAUAGGCGAAGUGAAUGGUGACAAAGACAAACUGCUGGACCAACUCAGACAAAAGUGUCAAUAUCUUUGUACUUCGCGUCCGACUGCUGUUAAUAUUGACAAAGAAUGUAAACAUUUGGUCGAAGUGUCGGCCAAAUUGGCCGCCGAUUCAAACAUUUCAUUUGAUUCAAUGAUCAAACAAUUGACUGAAUAUUCGGUUAAUUUACUUCAAAUCGAUAUCAAUGUUAACAAAUCGAUCGGAGAUUUUGGCGCACAAUAUAUAAAACAACUAACGAAGAAAGACGUGAACAAUAUUCUCACUCAUUGUAAUACUGGAAGUUUGGCCACAGCCGGUUAUGGGACAGCGCUUGGAGUUAUCCGAUCAUUGCAUUCAACUAAAUCUUUAUCCCACGCCUAUUGCACAGAAACGCGUCCAUACAAUCAGGGCUCGAGACUGACGGCUUGGGAACUACUUCGGGAUAACAUUCCAUCCACUCUAAUAUGUGACAGUAUGGUCGCCGCUCUCUUCAAGGAUAAGACAAUUGAUGCCGUUGUGGUCGGAGCCGAUCGAGUGGUGGCCAACGGUGACACCGCCAAUAAGAUCGGCACCUAUCAGAUCGCAGUAUUAGCCAAAUACCAUUCCGUGCCUUUCUUUGUGGCCUCACCUCAAAGUACUAUUGAUAUGACGCGCAAAACGGGAGACGAUAUCCCUAUUGAAGAGAGACCGGGAGAUGAGAUGAAAAAAGUGGCCGGCAUUCAGAUCACAGCUCCGGAGAUCAAUUGCUGGAACCCAUCAUUCGAUGUGACGCCAAACGAGUUGAUAACAGGAAUAAUAACCGAAUUCGGAGUCUUCGCCCCAAAUCAACUCCAAACUAAAUUUGUGGCCGAAUAUCGUUCGAGAAGCAUACCUUUCUUCGGGCGACAGAGAAUGGUUUGGAGCACUGAUGGCAUUCGACAGCGUCCUUAUCACUCGUCCAAACGGCCUCUUUUAGUCUUCCGCGAUGCAUUAGAUUUUCUGAAGAGUGGUUCGCCAUUCCUUCUCAGUCUUGGCGUCCCUCUCGGAAGUGAUUCUUUGGCGCUCAACGUCUGUCAACUGUUCGCU